GUUUCGUGUGCGUUUGACUCUCGCGGGAUCGUGGUAAACACAGAGAGUGAGAGAGUAUUCAAUAUUAUCUCAUUUCUUUUUAUCUUGAAAUCAUUAUAAAACAGAAAAUAUUUAUGAAGCAAAGCGAAAAAUAAAAGUUACUAGCAAAAAAGUAAAUCAACUAAUUUUCCGUACUUGCUGAACAAGCGAAAAACCGAAGAAAAUUCGGGGUGUGUGUGUGAAACGGGACACAAAAAAAACAGAUUCUCUCAACGAAUUCCGACCACCGAGCGUAAAUCAGCGCAUUUACAAAGCGCUCUAAAAUACGCUCUCAUUUUUUUCUGUGUAUGUUAAAAAAUUCACAGACGAAAAACAAAAUAGAUGGGAUGAAAUGACUGGCAAUGCUACGUCAAAAAAAAAGUGAUUUGUUUUUCCACACAAAACUUCUGACAAUGUGUAUACCGAAUGCUGAUUUGAAAUUAAAUCUCAACGUCGCUAUAAAUUUUGAAUAGAACAAGAAAUCAGAACGAGAAUCAUCAGUUACACAUCAUUCAAAUGAAGAUGAUACAGUGUGUUAGAGAUUUUAUAAAAAUUCAAGUGUGCAACACACCGACAGAGACUAAGUGAAGGAGAUAAAAACCAAAGAACGAAACACGACAAGUGAGACGACAGCGCGAAAGUAAAAGUUGAAAUGUACACAAAAGUACAUACAAUAGUCAUCACUUAUCCACGACGUGUGUAUCAUACGUUUUGGUUGUUGAAUAUUUAAAUUAAAACGUGUAAAACAUCGGUAUAAUUAUUACGCGAACAGGUUAAGCGCCGGAAGAAGAAGAAGAGAAGAAAAAACGGUGCGAUAGACAGAAGAAAAACAUAAAGUGAGGAAGAAACAACCGAAGCAAUAAAAACAUAAUCAUCGAUUUUACAUUCACAUCAAUCAGUUUACGAAGACGAUAAACGACGAACAAGUCAACGCUUAAUAUUUAAAACCAAAAGAAAAAUAUAAAGUCUCCGUGAAAAGAAGCAUACAUACCAAAUUAUUUGAAUGCAAAAAAAAACAGUGAAGAAUAACGGAAAGACGAUGACGAUAUAGCGGAGCAAGGAAGGAAACAGGAAGAAAAAGAACGAACGAACGUACGAGCGAGCAAACGCUGAAUACAAAACAGAGCACAUUCCGAUGACGUAAAACGAAUGCUGUUGCAAAACUAGCAAACGAUAGACACAGUGUGUUUCUGUGUAUGCAUAUGAAAAAAGCGCGACAACUUGAUAUAUUCCAGAUCUCAAUACCAACCGAUGCAUACACGAAUGCACAUAUAUCCACAUAUGUGUUCAAUGUUUAUGUUAACUGCUAUUUGUCGUAUUUAAAAAAAGAAAAGAAUUAUAUAUUUGCAACGUGAGAGUUUGAGAGCAAUAGUGAAACAACACACGAUAUAUAAAAACUAUAUUUGCAAGUGUUCAUUUCGUUCGGGUGUGCAUGUGUGCUGUGCAUAUUUCUUUUUGGUGCUCUCUUCAUUUUUUCAUGGCAAAACAAUUCCAACAAGUGUUUCUACAUAUUUUUAUCAUUUCGGCAUAUGUGCAGAGCUCUUUACUUGUUUUUGCACAUCUUCAGUAGAACGUCCGUGACAAACACUAUCAUUAGUCGCUCAUUUCGUUUGAGUGAAUUCUACAAAAACUGUAUCAUCUUCAAAAAUCAAGUACAAACAAAACUUACACUCGUUUUUGGUCGUAAACAUUUUGACAACCAAACAUCACAAUGGCAACAGCCUACGAUCGACAGGUAUCGACUGUUGCUCAGCACAGAUCAGAACGUCAACAUUCAGCAGUAGCUGCGGCGGCUGCCGAACGUACACUUCGUGUCAUUGAUCGCAUUGGACAAUCGGUAAAUUUGGCUGUGGAACGUUUUGUUACUGUCGGCGAGACCAUAGCCGACGAUAGUGACCAAAUUAAAAAAGAUAUGUUCGAUGCAUGCAAAGAUGCUCGACAAGCUGCACUUUCAAUCGAAAGACUAUGCGAAAUCAUUGCCAAUGGCAUUGAAUCAGAUGGCAGUUUCUGUGAUCGCCGAGCGCAUAUGGUUCGAGCUCUGCGUGCUCUUCUCCAUUCAGUCACACGAGUCUUAUUAGUUGCCGAUAUCGUAAUUGUAAAACAAAUGAUGCUUCCUAUAGACAAGAUGCCAAAAGGACUGAGCAGACUGGAAGCAGUUGCAAACUUUACCGAAUUUAUUAAGGCAUUCGCAGUGUGUGGUGCCGAAAUGGUUGAAUUGGCGCAUGUGACUUGUAAUCGCCAAAACGAUCCAGAAGAUGAGCGAAGACGAAGUCAAAUGAUGGGCGCAAGAGAGGUGUUGGAACGAUCAUCGGUUGUGUUGUUGACGUCAUCGAAAAUGACAUUACGUCAUCCGGAAUGUAUACAUGCAAAAGAGAAUCUUGAGACAGUGUUUUGUCAAAUGCGUCGCGCCAUGGAUUUAAUUCAUUUUGUAAUUAAAGAUAGCAUAUUGGCGGCAAAGCAAAGUGAUCGUAACCGAAUAAAGGACUGGGAUACAGAUAAAGGGACAGCAUCGAGUUGUUUACGAGUGUUUGCCCGUUUAAUGGAAAGUUCACGACCUAGAUUUAGUGCAUCGGGUACAUCGAUUUUAAGCACAUCAAAGCCUACACUAAAGGACAUAUCAUCGACAGGUCGUGCAAUCGACACAACGCAAGAAGGACGUGAGUUAAUGCGAAGUAACAGUGAACGAGAUCGUCACAUGACAAAUCAUCAUCACCAUGUAUCAUCUUCAUCGACAUCAUCGUCAACGCAUCGAAAAUCAUAUCGGGAUCCAUACGAAUACCACAACAAUAGCAGCAGCAAUGGUAUUAAAACAGCGAAUGUCACAUUGCCCGAUGCCGAUUGUGAGAUGUCUGGCUAUCGAAUGGUGCCACAACAAUCGAGAUCAAUCGGUUUUUAUACAGGAAUUUCGAUAAUAUCUCCGCAAAUUCGUGAAGAAAUGGUCUAUGCACUCAACAAGUGUGUGGAAAAAACGCAAGAUUUCACCGAUUCAGCAUACACAACGAACGAACAUCGUGAAACAAUAUUGCUGUUGUGCGAUCGCAUGCGUUUAGAAUUGAAUCAAUGUCAUCGUGUGGCUGUGAACAUGGAACAAUUUCCAAAUUCACGUUUUGAUAUCGAUGCAGCUAUUGAUAGUGUAUUAAGCGCUGCCCAAGAUCUAUCAUCAUCGCUGUCAAUGGCUGUGGCUGAUCAAAUACCCGAACUCCAUCACAUUCUUAAAAUAGGCAUCGAAUUGGUUAAUUCACUCAGGAAUAUCGCCUUAAAUCAAGAACUUGAUCGACUGCAAGAGUGCGCAGAUCGUUUUCACGACUAUUAUGACCACAUUUUGGAAGUCUGCAAACUUUUACGUCAUAUUGCCUUAACUGAAACACAGCAAACCCAAGCAAAAUUCACUGAGGUAAAUUUACGAAUUUAUGGACCACAAGUAUUGACAGCGGCGCGUGCAUUGUCCGCGCAUCCAAACAGUAAAAUCGCCAAAGAGAAUCUCGAUGUGUUUUGUGACAUGUGGCAAUGGUUAUCGGGUGAUGCAACAUCGGUCUCAAAGGAAUUGAUUGAAACAGUGCAAGCUAUUUCAAAACCAGAUCGAACCGAAUAUUUGAGUUUACCGCGACCUGGGAAACAUGGCACAACAUCAAAACCACUGAAAGCUGUACGUUUGGAUCAAGAAGAGCAAGAGAAAAUCGCAAAGGCUGGAUUGGAAAUGAAAAUGUCAGCAAAUGAAAUGGAUGCCGAAACGGACAAAUGGAAUAUGAACGAUGAAAAUAAUGAUAUUGUUAAACGAGCAAAAAAUAUGUCAACAAUGGCCUUUUCCAUGUAUCAAUUUACAAAAGGCGAAGGCACAUUACGCACCACACAAGACCUAUUCACGCAAGCCGAAUAUUUUGCCGAAGAAGCAAAUCGAUUGUACAAAGUUGUGCGAAUUUUUUCAUACCAAGUACCGGCAGGUGAUUCGAAAAAAGAGCUUCUCGAUCAAUUGGACGUUGUUCCAACGUAUGUGCAAACACUUCAAUUUACCGUUAAAGAUCCGACAGUUGGCAAAGCGGCCACAUUUGUAAAAGUCGAUCAUGUCAUUCGCGAAACAAAGAAUUUAAUGAAUGUGAUCAAUAAAGUGGUGACCACUUGUUUUGAUUGUGCGGCUAAGUAUAAAUUGGACUUCAGCGGAUUGACGGGUCGUUCAACAACCGGACUACGAGAUGAUGAUGGUGGUAGCGGAGUGGCAGGUGAUUCAAAAGGUUCAUCAACAAGUACCGAAGCGAGCAUGUGACAGUACGGGAUGCACCGAAGGGGUGCCAAAGGUGAUGCACGUCGAACGCGUGUAUCAUUUCUACUAUUCUAGAACAAAUAAAUCAAGUGGUCCAUUGCGUAAUCACAUCUCAUGCCACGUAUAUAUCUCAAUCUUAUAAAAACAAUGACAGAAAACAAAUUACAUCCAGACAAUCCAAAGUCCUUGAUGUUUCCCCGCAGUGGGGCAUGCUUUUAUCAUGCAUUGGAGACAAUAUUAUUUAGUAAAUAAAAUGUUACGUCGCCGCAAACGAUCACUAGCACACACAUACACAUACACACACACACACACACACACACACACACACAUACUCAUAAUACACGGAUUAUCGCGAUCAUUUUAUAUAUUUAAAAACACCAUGUGAAGAAAACAAAAAUGAAACAUUCUUUAGAGGCAAGCAAAAAUAUAUAUAUAUAUAUAUAUAUGUUUGUGAUAUAUGAGAUUAAAAAUUAUUUAGAUGAAACAAACCUAUCAAAUUGUGAUGCCAACAAACAACCAAACAAACAAGAAUUAAUUAACACGAAAUAAAAAUUAAAGAAACAAAAACAUUAUUUAUUCGAACAAUAAUGAACGAGCAUAAGAGAAUAUAUAUUCAGUUAUAAAAUUGGGCUCUUUAAUGACAAUAUCUACAAAUCAUAAUGAAUGGACAAGUUGUCAACCAACAAACAAAUCAACUAUAAAAUCGAGCAUAUAUUUCAGAAGAAAAAAAAUCCACAACAAAACCCAUUAGCAUUUAAUUAGAUGAACUUUGAUGUAAAUGUAUAAAAGAAAAAUCAAGAAUCAUGAUGAUAGUUUUUGUAAGUAGAAAUCACAGUUAAGUUUAACUCUUGGGAGAAAGAACAACAAACAACAACAUAUAUAUAUAUAUAUAAUGUAUUCGGACCUCUUCUAUAUAUCCUUUUCUCUUCUCCUUGACUCAAUCAAAUAGUUUGUAGCUAGACCAAAAAAAAACGGCUCACACAAAAAUUGAAAAAUACUAUUUAUUAUAUUAUAUAGAUAAACAUAUAAGUGGAAUGUAUCAAGGGUAAUUAAUCUUAACACACACAAAAAAGAUACAUUUAAUUCAUUGUGAAUGGACACAAUAUAUAGUCUAUAUGAAUGUCCAAGAAUGAAAGUGAGUCUUCUCGUGAGAUUUUAUUGAAAUGUAACACCGCCAUACAAAAAAUGCUGACUGUCAGCAACUUUUGUAUGGCGGUGUUACAUUUCAAUAAACUCUCACGAGAAGACUCACAUUCAUUCUCGGACAUUCUAUGUGGGCAUAUUACAACAAUCUGACCAUUUAAAAAUGUCCCCCAAUUCAGAUUUAUUUUCAUUUUCUCUCGCUCUCUUUACAUCACAUUUUCAACGUAUUUACGUUUUUUUCUAAACAAUAAAUUUUUUUAAUGAAAUUUCUGCGAUUUCAUAGCAUAUAUGCAUGUGAUAAAAGAAACAUUACACUUAUACUUGUUUUAUUAUCAGUGUUAAGGCGUUCAAAAUUUAAUACGAUGUAAUUUUCACCGAAAAAAUCAUUCCAUUUUCUAUAAUCAGUUCAUAUCGAAGCAAAGCAAAUCCUCCAAAAAAUUACUGCAAAAUGUUUCUUUUGCACAAAAAAUAUUUUCAGGGGUGGGAAGGGGAGGUGUAAUGAAAAUUUCUUCUAAUUUGUAAAGGGGUAAUUUCAAACUUUUCAAAAAUUAUGAGGGGGUAAAUAUAGCUUUUAGUGUAAAAAUAAGGAGUUUUUUAUUCCAUCUGGAUCAUAAUUUAUGACCGAGGGAAGAAUUGUCCUUCAAAAUCCCUUGUAAAUUGGACGAUUUUUCAGGGAAAAGAAUUUUCCCAAAAGUCCAUUCUGUCUAGUGCAAACACCUUCUCGGAAAGAGUGAAUUUGUAAAGGGAUAAUUGAAAUUUCUUCUAAUUUAUAAAGGGGUAUUGCCAAAAUUUGAUGCCUCAGAGGGGGGUAAUUCCUCCCCUCCACCCCCUGUCUGCCCAGCUAUGCUUGCAUGAACUUAUUUUGCAAUAGUUUUCAAUUUUAAGGAUCAGCGAAGGCUUUUUUUGUUCAGUUACUACCAAAUUGAACACAUGAAAAAAUGCAAAGAAAUUCCGAAAAGUCGUUGUAGUCGUAUUGGAAAUAAGCAAAAUCAUAAAAAAACGAUGGUUAAGAAAUGUAACAUUUAAAAUGUAAACUGCAGUCGGUUGAAAACUGUCAGAAAUGUCGAUUAUCACAACCUUAAGAACCACAACCUCUUUAAUAUUAAAUUCAAUUUCCGUUAUGUAGACUCAGUGGUACAAUGUCAUAGCAAUGGGUCUUAUCGUUUGGUGACUUUCAAUUGCUAUCGUAUCGUACCAUCCAUUAUACUAUCAUAAAAAUUGAUAGCGAAAGAGAACUAUUUAAAAAUUAGAAAACGUACAAUUCACAAUGUAUACGUCUGAAAUACAUGUUUUAAAUGAGCUUCAAAUGUAUGAAAAAUAUAUGAAUAUCAAAAUUCCACACACACACACACACAUACAUCCAAUUUUAUGUAAAACUAAAAAAUAGAUAUGUUAAUAUUCGUCACUGGUUACAAAACAAAAUGUGUAUACAUUGAAAUAUAGUUGGAAUUUUAGAAAUGUAAUUUUGAAUAGAGUUUUGGAUAAACCGCCGAUUGAUGAAUGAAUUAAAAUGCAAAUAGAUAGAGCGAAACAACCUCAUUUCAUCUAAGAUGGAACAAAAUAAGACAUAUAAAUUCUAUAUUUUCCAUUUUUCCGCUCAAUAUAGCCGAAACUAGGCUCGAUUUAAAUGAUGCCGAUUGCAUAAUUGAUGUAUUAUUUUGUUUCUUGUCUCUCUUUUCGCUUAGAUGCAUAAACAUGCAUAAAAGCAAAUUUAUCAAUCGAUUUUUCUGAAUUCAUUUGGCACACUUGCCUUUUUUAUAGAUAGAAAACCAAAUAUAAUCUAAAUGUAUGAAGUCGAAUACGUAAUUGAUGCGUGAUUACUUUUGACCUACUUAAUAUCAUCAUUUUAGUUGUGUAUUCCUGUUUCUUUGUUUAUAUGUUCCGUCAAUGAUAUGAGAGUCACACUGAAUACAUAUUAUUUUGUGAUUAAUAAUUUCAUUUUGUGAUAUGAAUUCGGGGGAUAAAAGUACUUGUAGCCUCAAUAAUAUCAUCGAACAAAUAAAUCGGUCAAUAUCGAUCUGAUUUUCGAGUUGAACAUUUUUCUCAACCAUUUCCAUCUACUUAUCUACUCUAAGAAUCGUUUCCCAGAACGGUGUUUUCUAUUGGAAUCUAUCUAUCCAUUGAAAUAAAGGAAUAAAUAAUCAAUAAGUUAAAAUCCAUUUUGUGAUUUUAAAUUGCUGUUGUAGUUUCACAAUUCUCACCCUCGUCAAUCAAAACGAAGAGAAAAAUGCAUUGCGGAGAAUUUCAUUGUUGUGGUAUAUAGUUAUACGUAAUUUGUGCGAGGGUUGUAUAGAAAACGUGCGUGGAAUUUAUGUUCGCCAUAUUGAGAAAUAUUGAAAGAAUAAAAAUGAGGGAAUUUAUCAUUAUAAUAAUUAAAACCAAACGAAAUCAAAUCAGUUAAAAAAACUAAUG